AUGCCAAAAACUCCAACCUCUAAAAAGUCAAGCAGCAAUAACGUGGCAACACCAAACAACAAUGGUAAACCAUCAACAACAACAGGAAACCAUGCCACUAUAAGUAAAAAAAUUACUUUCAAGGACCGAUUAUUUCAACAUAUUGAAAAAUCUUUUACUCAACAACCACAACUCACACAAACACUCAUCACUGAACUUCAACAACUUUUAACUUUGCCAAGUGUUACCAAAGAAGAAAUUUUACACUUUUUCCUUUCCUUGUUUGAUCAAUGUGCUGAACAAACUCAUUCAAAAAAUCCAAGAAACAAUUUUGCCGAUUCAACCUUUUUUUCAUCACUUUCAAUAACAUUACUUGGUAGUGUUGUUCCAUCAUCCAUUCAACAAAAUGUUAAUUUAUUCUCCCUUGAUGAGUUGUACAAAUUAUUGAAACAAACACAACAACAAUCUUCUUCCGGAGAUUUUUAUGAACAAGUUAAAGUGAGACUCGUUUUCAUUACAGGUUGUUUCUUUACAGGCUCUGUGUUUAUGGGUCAAACUCAAAAUGGGAAAAAACAAAAGUCUAAUACUUUACUUUCAAAAUUUGUUGAAGAAGUACAACAAGACUAUCGUAGAUUGUUAAAGAAAAAGAAGGAACAAGGAGAAAAUGUUGAAGAAAAGAAGCAACAAGCAAUCUUGUCUGUACUCUUUGCUGAAGCAAUUGGUGCAAUUUUAACCUGUAUGAAACAAGCUUCUUUAAAGAAGAAUUCAUCAGUUACAAAGAAGGAAUUGGACACUUUGUGUAUGGAAUUAGAAACCAGUUUCCUCCCAGAAAUUGUGGACCGAACACCAUCUCUUCCUGAAUCUGAUGACGAUGACGAAGAAAUGCAAGAAGGUGAGAAGAAAAAGACAUUGAAAGAUAGAGAAGUAGUUAUGGAUGGACCAUUUUCGAGAAAUAUGCUCCAAAGCACAUAUACAGAACUUUCACUCUAUCUUCUUCAUUACUACAUUCAAGAAAAUAGUCCUUCCACUAUGGUUGAACGUAAUACUAUUCUUACUGGUGGAAGAUUUAGCUCUGAAGAUGAAUCAUCCCAAUUUUCUGUGCUCCUUACCCGUUCCUUCAUGGCAUCUCUCAUUGAACACAUGAAUGAAUAUCGCCAUUUACCUAUUCAUUGCUUUACUACACAUUUCCUCAAACAAUUGAUUGAACCAAUCAUUCUCACUCAUUUAAAGAAGAAGUCUAAAAAGACUAGCAAUGUUGAGGAUCAAUUUGAACUUGCAAAGGAAUUAUUAGAAUCAUUCUUUAUUCAACUCAUUUCCCAAAUGCAAGCACCUCCUUCACUUUUACAACAACCAAAGACUGGUAGCACAAGCGACAUUAUUGCUCAAAUAUCUUCUAGAAAAGCUUAUUGGUGGGAAAUUCAAGUCUUCCAAUCUGUAUUGGAAUCAUUGGAUAAGGGAUCCGAUAAGACUGUUAUGAAUUUCAUUCUUGAUAAUAUUUUACCUUUGGGUGAUAUUGAAGGUGUUGUUAAUCCAUUCCUUGUUAUGUGGGGAGCUGUUUUGAAUGAAUGUAAACAAUUCCUCAAGAAUGUUCCAACGAGCGGUUCAUCAAGUCCAACAACAGGUAAUACCCUUCUCAAUUCUCUCUUAAUGUUAGUUGUUAAAAAACAAGAGCAAAAGAAGAGAAAGAGAAUUGCUGAAGCUGAAGAAAACAACACUGUCCCAAAUGUGGAAACUGAAGCAUUGAAGAAUGAAUACAAGAUGAAACAAGUAAGAGAAGAGUUUUUCCAAUAUCAAAUAUGGUUAGGUACUCAAUUGAGACCUAGAAUAAUGAGUUUAACAUCAUUAACUCCAUCUCUUUCAAAGUACUUACUUUCCAGAGAAUCUGUUUUGUGCAAGGUUUCAAAUACUUUGGGAACUUACACAGCUGAAAAACUCUCAACCUUUACUAUUGAAGCAGAUAAAAAGAAGAGAAAAGCUCAAGAAGACGAUGAGGAUAUUAUUUCUUUAUCUCGUAGAACCUCUCGUUCACUUUUAAGAGGUCUGUCCUCAUGGUUGAGAGACUCUAUCAAACAUAGAGUGGGUACAAUUACUAGAUCAAUUCUUUUAAUCUUGUCUCAAUAUGACGAGCAAAUGGAACGAUUCAUCGCCAAGAAAAAUCAGAUGGAUUUGGUACAUGAUACCUUACUUCAAACCGAAGAAAAGGAAGAAGAAUGGCUCAAUGAAGAAGCACUCAGAUUUUUAUUGUCAUGUUUCCCAACAAAUGUCAGAGUUUAUGAUAAGAGUGAAGAUUCUUUCACUACUGAAGAUCUCACAAUUCUUCUCAAAAAGUUAUUUGAAGUGGGUUCAUUAAUGAACUAUGUUAGCGAUAAGCCACUCUUGACAAAGAAAUCAGACGAAGAGAGAGAAACUCUCAUUAGACACAGAUCAUACUAUGGAAAGGAUAUUGUUGAUUUAUCCUCUAAUUUGGUAAAACUGAUAAUUAAUAAUUUGGCAGUUCAAGAAUUUAACUGGAUGAGACAACAAUUCCACACCAAGGAAGUCAAAGAAACUGAAAAACAACUAACAAGCUCAAAGAGCUGGAGUAAUGAACUCUAUUCUUAUGCUAUCAAGUUAUUUGGUCUUGAAGAAAAGAGUAAACAAGAGAAGAGAAAGAGAAUUUUUGAAACUAAGGAUAACAACUCGAACUUUAAAAAACUUCAAUCUCUCUUGGGAUCUAUUCAAUCUGAUUUGGACAAGUGCAGUAUCGGAAGCUCAUCAAAAGCUUGUAUGGAUUGGUCAAUCCUUUCAUCUCUUGCUAUUUAUAUUAGGCAAGUAUUGGUAACUAGUUUCUUCGAUCCUUGGAUUAUUGAAUCUGAAGCUCAGGGUCAACCUAUGGUUGAAGACUUGGCUAGAGUCUAUGGAACCAUUUCUAAACUUUCUUCCUCUGAUCUUAUUCUCAUUUGCCAAAAGAAGGAAGAUUCAAUGCAAGAUGAAUCUAUUCAACCUAUGGAAGUGUUGACUGAUGUAUUGGUUGUAAAUAUCAACGUUGAACCUAAUCUCACUCUUGCUUCUCGUAUUGUAUUCAUGACUAUUGCUAAAUACCUCAAUGAAGAAUGCUUGGAUAUUUUAUUCAAUUAUUUAAUGAAAGAUGGCGAAGUGCAAGAUAUUGAGGAUGAGAGCGACGAAGAGGAAGAGGAAGAAGAGGAUGACGAAAGCGAUGAUGAAAAAACUGAUACCCUUGAUGAAGAACCAUUAGAAAACGAAACUGAAGGAUCAGUCAUCAUAAGAACUGAUGAAGAGGAAGAAGAGGGUGGUAUUGACCUUAACAAUCCAGGUGAUGUUUCCAAAGUAUUGGAGAUGCUCAAAGCACGUAAUGAAGCUAAAAAGAAAAAGUCUGAAGAAAAACAGCAAAAAUUGAAGCGUAUGGAAUUUGCCAUGAAUAUUGUACAAGUAUUGGAGGGAUUAUGUAUUAAGAGCAUUCCUCAACCAGUACUCAUUCUCCUCUUAUUCAAAUCAACUCAAUAUAUCCUUGAAAAGAUUUGGUCCCAAAAUGAUGAAGAAGUAGCAGAACAUUUAAAGAAGGCAACAGGAUAUGCUGUUAAUACUAUCUUUAAUAAGGUUCUUCAAUUAGUCCAAAUCUUAACCAGAGAAUAUCGUCAACAAUUACUGACAGAUUCAAACUCAAGCAUAUGUGCUAUAGUUUUCGAACAAGAGGCAAAGGAUGCAUUGUUUGAAACAGCUAGAGUUUUUGCUUUAGAGUUUUCCAAGUAUGGUAUCUUGUUAUCCUCUCUUCAAGGUAAAACCAAAAAGUCUAUCACCAAUAAGAAUUCUCCAAGUUUGAAUAUGGAACAAUCUGCUCACAUGUUGAGUAUCUUUAUUAGACUGAUGUAUGUAUUAAAGAAGAGUGACAACACAGAGAUGGACUCUCAAAUUGAAAAGAUGCUUUUUGGUUCUUCCGAUAACGACGAAGAAAUGGGAACUUCUAUGGAAUUAUUAAUUUCUUUGGCUCAAUCAGAUUCACACAUUGCCAGUACUUUGGGUAGUAAGAUUAUAAUGUUUGCUUUGGAUAAGGUUAUUAACUCUGGUGAUAAGAAAUAUCGUGAUAGAAAAUCAGGUCGUGUUCUUGCCCAACAACCAUAUCAAAGAGAAAUGUACGAUAGAAUUUUAGGAAGCCUAGUUAAACCAUUUGUAUUGUCAUUAUCUGGAGAAAAUAAGACAUCUUCAACUGCUAAUGCUGUUCUAUUAAUGGUUUUAGAAUCAUAUGUGAAAGAUAUUUGUCCAGCUAUGAAACUUAUCAAAUCAACUUCAAUUAAGGCUAAAAAUCUCAAGAAGAGUGCUAGUGUACUUUUAACCGUUUUGGAGUAUUUAGCAAAUCAUUCAUCAAUGCAAAAAGAUUUUACCGAGGUUCAAUUCAGAGAAUUAUUAACAUGUUUCUACUUUGUAUUCCAUCAACAAGAAAAGAAACAAGGUGAAGAAAAGAAGGAAUCAAUUUGGACUCAAGCGUUACCACUGUUUGAAGAAUGGAGAAAGAGAUGGAAUUUAGGCUCAACUCUCGUCCAGGAUUUUAUUACAUCAAACCAAGAUUUGGACAAGUCUGCUAUUGAAAUUAUGAAACAAAGAAGAGAGGUUUUCAAAAAGGAAAGAAAGGAACGAGUGAAACAGUCAACCGAGCAAACUCCUGAAGAAAACAAGAAGAAGAGAAAGAGAAAUGAAAAGAAGGAGUUAAAUGAACCAGUAAUCGAGAAGAAGGAAGAGGUCAAGAAGGAAAAGCCAAUAGAAGAAGCUCCACAAAAGAAGAGAAAACAAACUCCAUCAGCUUUUGUUUUUGAAACUGAUGAAAAACCAGUCCAAACAAUUGAAGAAAUGAAAAAGAAGAGUGGUGAUAUUCCUGCUUCUAAAAAGGCUACAGCCACCUCUGUCAAUCAAACAGAUAAGAAGUCUUCCAACAAACAAGAAUCUACUCUUUUCAACGAAACAGCUUCAAGUAUUGCCAAGAAGAAUACAAAGAAACCAACCAAAACAGCAACACAAAAGAAAUCCAAACAAUAAAAGACUCAUUUCACCAUUC